AUGGAUGACGAUUCUCCUCUCCGUUGGAUCAACAAAUCGGGGCGCUCGAAGCGGCCACGGCCCCACUGGAGCGACGACGAAUACGACGCCGCAUUGUCCCUUGUCCUCCUCUCCGAGUCCGCCGAACCACCCAAGCCAAAUCAAGAAACUCCUCGCACCCCUUUGAUCAUCAAAAUCAAAAGGCCAAAAACAGCCUCCCCCGACACGCCGCUGCCGCCUCCCUCCUACGCGUGCUCGCAGGCGCUGGGCGGACACAUGACGCUCCACCGUGCCAACAAGGAAAAGGACCAUGUGUGCUUGGUCUGCCAUGAGGCGUUUGACUCCGGCCAGGCGUUGGGCGGACACAAGAGGAAGCACUUUGAUAAAUCCAAACUCGCCAGAAAAGGCGCUUCUGGCAGCGGCGCUACUGCUCGGCCAAUCUUGAUGUUCGACUUGAACCUGCCGGCGCCUCCCCAAGAGGAUUAA